AUGGCGCUUUUGAAUUCCAGCUCAGAGACUUUUGGCGUAACAUCUUUGUUCUAUCUAGGGGUGAUUGCUCCGGCGGCUUACCUGUUGUGGACCGUUGUUUACAACCUCUAUUUCAGCCCACUAUCGAAAUAUCCAGGACCGAGAUUGGCAGCCUGCGCCAACCUCCAAAACCUGUACUGGACAUCGACAGGACAAUACCAUUACAAGAUCAAAGAACUGCAUGACAAAUAUGGAGACGUCGUUCGAACCGGCCCCCAAGUACUCGUCUACCGCAGUCCGCAAGCAUGGAAAGAUAUCUACGGCCACCGAAAAUCUGGAGCCGGCUCAUUCUUGAAAGACCCCAGAUUCUACCUCGGAGGACCGAGUGGACCGAGUAUUCUAAACUCCAACGAUGCAGACCACUCGCGAUCGCGAAGACUUCUCUCGCAUGCGUUUUCCGAGAAAGCUCUCCGAGACCAAGAAUCUUUGAUCCAGUCCUAUGUCGACAUGCUCAUCGAGCGACUAAACGGAGAGGUGUCCGCGUCGCGCGAAACGGUGGACAUGUCUCAAUGGUUCAAUUUCACCACCUUCGACAUAAUCGGCGACCUAGCCUUCGGCGAGCCUUUCGACUGUCUGCGAGAAAGCCAAUACCAUCCAUGGGUCCAAAUGGUCUUCGUAAGCGCCAAGGUAAUGGUCUUACAGCGACCGCUAGCCGUAUAUCCAUUCCUGGCUCCGAUCGUCAGAAGGCUGCUGCCGAAACGACUAGCGAAGAUGCGAGACGAGCAUUUUGCCUUGACAAAUGAGAAGGUCCAUCGCAGAUUGGAAACCAAAACCGACCGGCCGGAUUUCAUGACAUACAUCCUACGAUUUAGCGACGACCGGGCUAUGAGUAUCCGUGAGAUGGAAGCUAAUGCGGCGUUGUUGAUUCUGGCUGGGAGUGAGACUACGGCUAGUUUGCUCUCUGGAUUUACUUUCUAUACUCUCAUGAAUCCCUCGGUUCAUAAGAAACUGGUGGAUGAGAUUCGAGGGGCGUUUGGGACUUAUGAUGAGAUUGAUUUCCAGAGGGUGAGCCAGCUGCCUUAUUUGAAUGCUGCGCUUGAGGAGAGUUUGCGAGUUUAUCCGCCUGUUCCGGCUGUCAUUCCACGGAUCGUUCCGGAGGGAGGUGCUGUGAUCGAUGGGCACUUUGUUCCAGAAGGAGUUUCCGUCUCGGGGGCUCAUUAUUCGACUUACCACGCCGAGUCCCUGUUCGCCGAAGCGGAGUCUUUUAUCCCUGAGAGAUGGCUGGAUAGCAGAGACAAGCGCUUCGAGUCGGACUGUCGGACGGCACUUCAGGCAUUCUCGCUUGGACCUCGGAACUGUCUUGGGAGAAACCUUGCAUAUGCGGAAAUGAGGCUCAUUGCAGCCAAGUUCUUGUGGAGCUUUGACAUGACCCUGGAUGAGAGCUCCGCUAACUGGAAUAUCCAGAGAGCCUACAAUAUCUUGGAGAGAAAGCCACUGAUGGUGAAAUUGUCGCAGGCACAACACUAA